AUGGCUUGUGUCCGGACCUUCUGUUACCGGCUCAGUGGCCGUGGCCCACCUGGAGGCCGCGAGCCGCUGAACGAGACGGUCGAGGAAGCUGCGCGGGAAACUCUCCCGCAGGUUCAACACCUCCAGCUUCAAUACGAGCGGCUCCUGCCAGCCCUGCGCGAAGCUCUCUCUUCCGGCCGUUGUUCACAGGCGCGCGUGGAGCGGCUGGGGCGGCACUUGGCCGAGCUGGUGAGAGACCUGGAGGCCGCAGCGGGCGAGGGCCGUCGAGGGUCGCAGCGAGCCCUGCACGAGAUCGCGGUGAACUGCAACGUCUCCGUCGCUGGUUCGCCCUGGCAGACGAAGCGGGUGCUGCUGAGUGCGGAUGGCUUUUCCCUGGUGGAUCGGCCGGGCCAGGUGACCAGUGGCACCAUGGAAACGGAACUCACCCCGUGGAGCCAGGUCCAAAGCCCCGGUCCUGAAGCUUCGGAGCCUGGAGGGGCGGAGACCCCGCGCUGGGGCCUCAUACGAUGGUUGAGAGCACCCAGUGAACCGGUGAGGAGUAAUCUCUUCCAGGCAGAGAUGCAGUUGUCGGAUCGGCGCAUCACGUUGCAGUUCGGCGCCGCGGGGCCUCCGGAGCUCAUGAAGCGACUCUGGCAGGCCUCACAAGGGCAAGGAGAAAGCACAGGGCCGAAGUGCAACGUGCAGCCUUUGAUCGACCUCUUGGGCAAGUGCACGGAAGGCCAGCAUGGCUUGGAGUUGAACGAAGUCUUUGCCGAGCCCUUGGCUGUGGACUUGAGCCUCUACGAGGUGAGAAAGCGUCUCAGAGACGAUGAGCAAAAUCCCCUCCGCAGGAUGCACGAGGCCUCCAGAGCCGAAAACGUGACCUCCUGGAGCUGGAGCAACGAGUGGUUGAGCCCCGGAGAAGUGAAGUUCUUCGAGUUCAAGCAGAUCUUGCCGGGCGGCCUUGGCCCUUCGGACACGCGCGUGACUGCAGUCUACUACCUCGAGCCGGACCAGCCGGAGGAGGUGGUCUUGCAUAAGGUCAACAAAGCAUGGGACAUCCCUUUCAAAGAUGACUUCCUGGUCUACACCAAGCACAUCUUCAGCCAGGCUGCCAGCGGUGCCGUUUGCUUGCAGAUCGAGGUUGGCAUCCACUGGAUUGGAAGUCCGUUGAAGCUGGGGCUCUUGAAGCCGACGAUCCGACAGCAGAGCAAGAACGAGACGGCGGGAAGUGGGCAGGCACUGGUUCGCAGUUUGGACACGUCCAACCAAUGA